GUACUUACUGUCUUCCCGGGGCUCCAGGACAGGCUGGAGAUCCAGGUGAUCAGGGGCCCCUGGGGGCCCAGGGCUUCGUGGGUUUUAAAGGUAGCGCUGGCGACUGUGCCUGUGGCCCCCCAGUUGAAUUGAGGGGUGCCCCCGGCGCUGCGGGUGAUCCGGGGUCUCCGGGGUUUCCAGGGGCCCCGGGGUCCCUGGGGCAGAGAGGAGAGAAAGGUGUACCCGGAGACAUGGGAGUGCGUGGACAACAGGGUCUGGCUGGAUUUCCAGGUGUCACAGGGUUCAAAGGUCAGAAGGGAGAUUUCAUAGUGGUGGAAUUUAAAGGUGAUAAAGGAAACAGGGGCCAGCAGGGCCCUAGAGGCAGACAAGGGUUCUCAGGACGAAGAGGACUGGACGGGGCUCCGGGGGCCCCUGGAUACCCCGGCCCACAGGGUGACAGUUUCUCCAGCGCUCCUGGAGACAGGGGCUUCCCAGGACUCCCAGGACCAAAGGGAUUAUCAGGACCUGCAGGGCCCCUGGGACGAGGCGUGGUAGGAGCUGUAGGACUGCGUGGGGCCCCUGGGAACCCGGGACCUCAAGGAUUUCCUGGUCCUCCGGGGCCGAAGGGAGUUAGAGGUGACACUCUGCCCUGUGUACCCAGAAACCCCGGCGCCCCCGGAGAAAAAGGAGACCGUGGAGAUGCAG